AUGCUCUCCGCCUUUACAGCACGUCCCAUCAUCGAGCUGCGACAGCGAGAUAGAUCAAAGAUCGAGACGAUACUUGCUUACGGUGAUCGCGUUCUCGUCGGCCUUAACAAUGGCGCCCUUCGCAUUUACCGCUUAAACGAGCUUCCUGACCAACCUCAGAACGGUUCCACUGAAGCAGAUGAUAAUGCUCCGACUUCUACAGCGAAUUAUGGUCAUGCUGCUGGGCCAAAAUCCACAAACCCAACAGACUUGAUGCGGGAGGUGGACCGCUUCUCGACCCGAGCUAUCGAGCAACUGGCCAUUAUCAAGGACGCAAACACGAUCGUGUCACUGUCGAAUUACCAUGUAUCUUUUCACGAUCUAAAAACGUACGAGCUCAUUGAGACACUGAGUCGGACCAAGAACGCGACGUGCUUUGCAUCGACGUCGAAUAUUGUCAAGGAUCCGGACACAGGCAUCCCCGAGAUUGUGAGCCGACUGGCUGUUGCGGUCAAGAGAAAAUUGCUGCUUUGGAGCUGGCUCGAAAGCGAGCUUUCUGAAGAUGUCGAAGAGAUCGUGCUAGCCGAAUCGAUUCGGUCAAUAACAUGGGCGAAUGCGACAAGACUGGUAUGUGGCAUGAACGGCGGAUAUGUCAUGGUCAACGUGGUUACACGAGAAGUCGAAGAUAUUGUGAGUCCUGGCUCAGGGCCAGCGACUGGGCAGUCUAGUCGCUUUGGUGCUAUGAGCAGUGCUAGUAUGGGAUACAUGGGUUUGGGAGGUUACAUGCCUAAGCCUUUGGCAGCCAAAUUGGCUGAAGGGGAAAUGUUGCUUGCAAAGGACAUUCACACUCUGUUUAUCGACGACGAUGCAAAGCCCCUCGAGCGGCGGCAGAUUCCCUGGCAACAUGCCCCUGAAUCCAUAGGAUACUCGUACCCGUACAUCCUCGCCCUGCAAGCGCCUUCGAAGGGCUCUCUGGAAGUCCGAAACCCGACGACACUCUCAUCACUUCAGAAUCUGUCACUUCCUGGCGCGGCACAACUUCACUUCCCGCCACCCACUUACAGCCUAGCUCACCGCGGUAAAGGUUUCCAUAUCUCGAGCGAGCGAUGCGUUUGGAAGAUGGAUGCGACUGAUUAUGACUCUCAAGUCCAGGAGCUCGUUGACGGUGGCCAUUUCGACGAAGCCAUUAGUAUUCUUGAAAUGCUUGAGGAUGCUUUGUUAAAAAACAAGACACAAACGUUGCGUGAGAUCAAGAUGCUCAAAGCCGAAGGCCUAUUCAAGAAGAAGAAAUACCGACAGGCAAUGGAUCUCUUUAACGAGGACACAGUGCAUGCGCCUCCUGAGCGAGUACUCAAGAUGUUUCCUCCGUCAAUUGCAGGAGAACUUUCUGCAUGGGCGGGACGCGAGGAAGAAGAAGAGCAGCAAGAAUCUGACGAAGCUCCUGGGACACCGAAGAGGACUAACGGAACGCGUCCUACUACUCCUGAGCCCGCUGAGCCGGCACACGAAACCCCUCAAUCAAGCAAGGGAGGGUUUGCUAGAUAUCUCACAGGAAGCUAUAGGAGGCCCCAAGCAGAUACCGCGUCCAUUUUUUCAAAGAAAGAGACGAACGAAGUCGAUGAUGCUGUCAGCGUGAAAGACAACGAUUCAAAUGAUGAUCUACCUUUAAAAGAUAAGGACUUGACCAAUGCGGUUCUGGAGCUGAACAGUUACCUUGCUGGAACACGUGCUCGUCUACAGCGGGUUAUUGAUCCCAACACUGGAAACAUGAAGCCCCGGAGCGAACGAAAUGGCUCCACAGAAGAGAUAGCAGAGAAUUUCUUGCGAAUAGGACUCGACGACUCCGAAAAGAAGCUUGAGGAGGAGCUUCGAAACACAUUUCGCCUGGUGGAUACAACAUUGUUCCGAGCGUACAUGUACUCUCGACCAACGUUGGCAAGCUCUCUGUUCCGAAUUCCCAACUUCUGCGACCCUAAUGUGGUCAAUGAAAAGCUUUUGGAGCAUAACCGUUACACUGAGCUGGUCGACUUCUUCUACGGUAAAAAGCUACACAAGGAGGCUUUGGAACUUCUUCGUCGAUUUGGAGCUGCUGAAAAGCCAGAUGAAGCCGCGCCAGCACUUCAUGGCCCUGAGCGCACUAUCCAGUACCUCAAAAGUCUCCCUCCUUCAGAAAUCGACCUCAUUCUCGACCAUGCAGAAUGGACGCUCAAGGCCAGUCCAGAUGAUGCUUUGGAAAUAUUCACAGGUGACACCGAGAAUGCGGAAAACUUGCCACGAGACAGAAUUGUUUCUUUCCUUCACGGCGUUGAUACACAAUUAGAACGGCGAUAUUUGGAACACAUCAUCAACGAGCUUGAAGACACGACACCGGAUCUUCAAAACCGUCUGGUAGAGCUCUAUGUGGAAAACUUGAAGAAGAUGGAUAAGGGAGAGAAAUGGGAUGAGUUAAUGAACCAUUUUGUCGAGUUCUUGAGGCAACCAGGGCAUGUCUAUAGUCUCACAAAGGCGUUUGGGCUGAUUCCCAGAGAUGAACCAGACUUUUACGAGGCGCAGGCGGUGGUAUUGAGUAACAUGUCCCAGCACAAGCAGGCGCUUGAAAUUUAUGUUUUCAAGAUGAAGGACUAUCAGAAAGCUGAACAAUAUUGUAACCGAAUCAACUCGACUCAAGACACCGCCCCAUCAUCUCAAUCGAAUUCGAGGGACGACAAAGGGGAUGACCCUGAAAGCACUACACCAUCCAUUUACCACACACUUUUGUCGCUCUAUCUUCAGCCAUCACCGCCCAACAAACCCAACCUUGAGCCAGCGCUCGAUCUACUCUCCAAGCAUGGAUCGCGCCUCCCAGCAACAUCAACUCUAGGUCUCAUUCCAGACGAUUUGCCGGUUCGAUCGCUGGAAAACUACUUCCGAGGUCGCAUCCGUUCAGCAAAUAGUUUGGUAAAUGAGGCAAGGAUUGUUGCCGGUUUACGGCAGGCUGAGGGCGUCUCCAUUGCUGCACGGCUGCACCUGGGCGAUGAUGUUCAGGGUGGACAAGGUGGGCGCAACAGGCACGUCGCCAUAACUGACGAGCGGCACUGCGUCGUGUGCCACAAGAAACUCGGAGGAGGUAUGCGUAUUGGCGGAAGCGUUGUGGCCGUUCUGCCUGACAAUACGGUGGUCCAUUACGGUUGUUUGAACCGAGCAACGGGGAACAAAGUAGAUACAUCCCGAGCGCCAAGUUGGGGUCGAGGGUUUUAG